AUGUCCCUGCUCUGCGCCAUCGAGAAACGCCUGAUGCCGGCCAAACGCCUGGCGUACGCUCUCUUGAUCCUCCCGAUUGGGAAGAUGCAGGUGCCUUUCCGUCUCGUGGACAUCAGCCAAGGUGAGAGGCGCUGGAUCAGCAUUGCCGAGAUCCGGGAAGGCGCUGACAAGCCAGUCGCAGACGUAGAUGGCUUCGGGACUUAG